GGAAGCAGCCGCGGGGGGAGAGAUCAAGCUGUUGCCCCACGGACUCAUUUUGCUGCGGCACCAACGCUAUGGCAGCUGUGUGUUAAAGUGCCGCUUUAAUGGGUGUUGUUUUCUAACGCGUCCCCCACGCCCCACCGGACAGUAAACCGCGAUAUUUCUUUACCUGCCAGAACGGAAGCCUUGGGAUUUCUUUGGCCAUGUUUGCCAAAGCUUUCAGAGUUAAAUCCAAUACUGCUAUCAAAGGGUCUGAUAGGUAAGUUUGUCUUGUUUCCUUUUCCUUCAAGGCAUUUACCUUGGUCGUUAAUCCGUUUUUAAACAGUGCCGGUGCCAGGCUGUUUUGCGCCUUAGGCAACGUUCACUGCUUGCAAUACCCCACAAAUUUAUUUAUUUUUUAAAUAAAUAAAUAAAUAAUUGCUAACUUCACUUUUCAAAAAUAGAUGCCUUGUAGAAAAAAAAUGAAAAGCACAAAACUCGAAACAGCUAAAUUUAUUUCAAAUGGCAAGGUUGAGUAAUACAACAAUCUUUGAUUAUCUUUCUCAAGUACAAAAGAAGAUGUUUUAGCACAUAAAUUAUAUUGAACAAUCUUGUGAACAAAACUCUGCCCUUCAAAGGUCAGUACUGCACUUCUCUGAGGCCUGAGCCCUAGGUGGUUGCUUAGGUGGCCUAGUGGUAGCACUGGCUCUGGUUGUAGAGAGCCAUGCUUUCUAACCAAGCAUGAUGAAGAUUUACAGGAUGCUACUUAGAAUUACAUUUAGCGGAAAACAUACACUUUAAAAAAUGAUGUUAUGCCUUCCUCAGAGUGCAGUUUCGGUAUGUGUUAAUUUUAUGCGUCAUGUGGAAUGCAGAGAUUGAUGGCUGAUCAGUAAUAAUAAUAAUAACAAUAAUAAUUUUUAUUUAUACCGCGCCCUCCCCAACCAAGGCCGGGCUCAGUGCUUGGGUUAUGGCUUCACAGUGAUUGUUGGGAUAUAAAUAAGUUGCUUUGUUUUAUUUCUCUGGCAUGCAUAUUUAGAAGGUCUUUUUAAGGUUUUGGUCUUUUAAAACUUGAAUAUAUGCCUUCCUCCAAGAUUUAGAGUAAUAGAAUUGUUGUUAUUAAUUAAUAAUAAUUUAUUAUUUUAUACCCUGCCCAUCUGGCAGGGUUUCCGCAGCCACUCUGGGAAGCUCCCAACAGAAUUAAAAGCAUAAUAAAACAUCAAAUAUUAAAAACUUCCCUAGACAUAAUAAACUGAGACCAAGCAAAAAUAAGAAUAUAUUAAAUGACAAAUUUGCAAACUGCCAUCAAAAACUUGUCAUGGGCACCACACACAUAGACCAAAGUAUUCUAUUGGGUACAACAGAAUGUUUAUUUAAAAAUCAGUUUCAGCUGGGGGAGGAGAAUUGUGGGCAUCAGGGAGGACCUCUGCAGACAUUCAUACACCCAUGGGCAUUAUCCUGGCAUUCCUGAUUUAAGAUAAUGGAAUGGCUUUGAUAAUUGGGCACCUUUUUUAAAAUGAUUUUAAAAAUGAUUUUAAUCAUUUAGAUAAUGGAAUUGUGUCGUUGACCUUGCAGGAGGAAAUUACGAAAUGAUGUCGCAGCAACUUUUCCCACCCUCACAUCUGAACAGCUAUCUGAAAUUGUGCCGAAUAAAGAAGAGCUGAAUAUCAUUAAACUGUAUGCUCACAAAGGAGAUGCUCUCACGGUCUAUGCUAAUGGCAGAAUACCAGUCCUUUUUGAAAUAGAGAAGAGACUGUAUCCAACAGGUACAGAAAUAUGUUUCUGCAGGCAGUUUGCUGUUCUGGGGAGGUUUGAGUUAAAUUUGAUGUUUUACUUUGGCCAAGUUGCAAAAUAUUAAGCCUCCAUUUCCCAUAUCUAAAAUGAGAAGAGUGUCAGUUAUGGUAUAAAUGUGCUCAAUCAGAGGUAGGCAACUUACUGUCUUUGAGUCAUAAAUUGUCCCUCCCUGAAACACACACUGCUAGUACAGCUCUGUCUAGGUAUUCACUAUUUCGCUAAAAUAAACAUGAGGGGAGUGGGAGAGUGGACACAAACUCCUCCAUCUCUAUCUCACUGUCACUCUCACUCCACAAUUUCAAAGGCAUAAUCAGAGUUGUCUCCUUUCUACAGAUAGUCACCCUUGAAUUUGUGGAGGGUGGCAGGAAUAGUGAGGGGAGGGGAGCUAGCCUAAGCUGACCACCUCAUGUGUUCAGUUAAGCUGGAUAGUGAAUGCCUGAAUAGGGCUCAUGUAGUUCAUGCUAUGGGGUGGCAGGCAGAGGGCUCUCUUCUUUAACUUUCGCAUAGGCAAGAGUUGAUAGGUGAUUCUGCUUUCCAGCCUUGGUUGUUCAGAAAGAAUUAUGAGUGCAGCAGCAGGUGUACAAUUCCUGCUAUGUUCAAGUUAAUACUGGUUCAAGUUAAUACUGAGCAGAGGAUUGAUAAAGGAGCACAGAGGUACGCAGCUUGUUCUCAGGCAGAAAAACCAUGGCUUACUGGCCAAAGAUUAUUGUGUCUGAACUAGACCAAUCUAUCUUCUCACUGCACAUUAUUUUUACAUGUUGGGUUUAAAUAUCUUGAACCAGAAGCUAGGUUGUGUGUUCUGGUUCCUUACCAUCAUUGUUCCUAUGUCUGUCUUAUUUAUGUGUGUAAGCCAGUCUGGGAUUUUUUUCCUGGCUGAAAAAAGACAAAUACUUUUAAGUAAAGGAAAAUGUCCAGUGUUGAGGCUGUGUGUGCCAUUGCUUAAUAGACAAGAGAGAGAUAUCAACAGACUUGCCCCCCCCCCCAAGGUUUGGAAGUUAAAAAUAACAUAAGGGAGGAAAACCCAGGGGGAAGGGGAACAGUCCAAUGGGAAUUACUUGCACUGAGAUGCCAUGGAGUGCUGUCUUGAUUGCUGGCAGUGGGAGGGGAGGGUAAUAGAAAAUAAGGUGGGGAGGGGAACAGCAUGGAGUAUCCUGAAAAAUGAAUCCUGGCUAGAAUCCUGAGCACGAGCACUCCCACACUGCAAUAUUUUGUCUCAGGCUCUACUUCCUAAUUUUAAAUUCAGAUUAAUGGUUAUCAGUUCUGAGGAAUGGAGGCAGGUAAAGUGUGUCAUGCUGGAAUUCCACAAGCAUUUUGUUUUCUUUUUGGAACAGUGUACACCCUGUGGUCUCAUCCUCACCUUCUCCCCGCCUUUUCCACAUGGCCACCUGUGUUGCACAAACUAGCAGGAGGAGCAGGUAAGGGAACGGAUCUCAAAGCCAUUCUGCAUGGCACUGCACAUUUGCCUUGUGGAGCUGGUUCUCAUGAUUGGGCUUGUUAUAUUGCAGUCCUAAGCAUGCUGCUUGGAUGUAAGGUCCUUUGAAAGGCAGUGAGGUUUAUUUCCAGGUAAAUAAAUUGAUUUUGUCAUUGACAUGACAGUUUAAACUGAGAUAUUCAAGGCCUUUUUUCCCUUUAGGAAGGAAAAUAAUGUCUAAAUAAAGCCUGGUCUGCUUGAAUGUUAGAAUCUCCUUCUGAGGCUCUUCUUUGGGUACCUCUGCCAUCAGAGAUGAAGAGGGUGACAACCAGAGAGAAAGUGCCUCCAGAGCUGUAGUGCUCUGCUUAUGGAAUGCCUCUAACCAACUCUUUUAGACACCCAGCAAAACUUUUUCUAACGUUGCAGGCCUUUUACCUGUUUGUACCUUUUACCAGUGAAGGCGGUGAAGGUCCUGUCAGAGUGUCUGGAGGCGGUUGGAGGAUGGAUGGCGGCUAACAGAUUGAGGUUGAAUUCUGACAAGACAGAAGUACUGUUUUGGGGAGACAGGAGGCGGGUGGGUGUGGAGGACUCCCUGGUCCUGAAUGGGGUAACUGUGCCCCUGAAGGACCAGGUGUGCAGCCUGGGAGUCAUUUUGGACUCACAGCUGUCCAUGGAGGCGCAGGUCAAUUCUGUGACCAGGGCAGCUGUUUACUAGCUCCAUCUGAUACGCAGGCUGAGACCCUAUGUGCCAGCAGACUGCCUCGCCAGAGUAGUGCAUGCUCUGGUUAUCUCUCACUUGGACUACUGCAAUGCACUCUACCUUUGAAGGUGACCCGGAAACUACAACUAAUCCAGAAUGCGGCAGCUAGACUGGUGACUGGGAGCGGCCGCUGAGACCACAUAACACCGGUCUUGAAAGACCUACAUUGGCUCCCAGUACGUUUUCGAGCACAAUUCAAAGUGUUGGUGCUGACCUUUAAAGCCCUAAACGGCCUCGGUCCAGUAUAUCUGAAGGAGUGUCUCCAUCCCCAUCGUUCUAUCCGGACACUGAGGUCCAGCGCCGAGGGCCUUCUGGUGGUUCCCUCACUGCGAGAAGCUAAGUUACAGGGAACCAGGCAGAGGGCCUUCUGGUAGUGGCACCCACCCUGUGGAACGCCCUCCCACCAUAUGUCAAAGAGAACAACUACCAGACUUUUAGAAGACGUCUGAAGGCAGCCUUGUUUAGAGAAGCUCUUAAUGUUUGAUGCCUUACCGUAUUUUAAUAUUUUGUUGGAAGCCGCCCAGAGUGGCUGGGGAAGCCCAGCCAGAUGGGAGAGGUAUAAAUAAUAAAUUACUAUUAUUAUUAUUAUUAUUAUUAUUAUUAUUAUUAUUAACUAUUUUUUAAAAGAACACUGACAGUUUUAUUACUGCCUGAAGUAGAAAGCCAGUAUUAUAUCUCUCAGUCCUGGUUUCUAAUAAAAAUGUUCCAAACUCAAGAAAAAGUUGUGAUUUAUAACUAAUGUGUAAUUGACAUUUUAGUUGAUACAUUUUGGCUUUGUGGCGGCAGAAUUGAUGGUAGCAGGGCUGAUCGGAGCUGCACUGGCAAUUAGGGCCGAGAUUUGAAGCCAUCCAAGAGAAUCCCUUGUUUCAUGUAGACAUUGAAAGCAGUAUUUUUGUCAAAUUUUGUUUUUUAAAAGAGCAGUGGAGGACAAGGGGAUGACUGGUGUCUUUAAGAUUUUGCUAAGAUGCUAAUAUAGGGUCUUUUCCGCAGAUCUAAUGCUUCCAGGGGUUGUAGUGCCCUCUUAUGGUCUUCCUCAGGUAGAUCGGGGUACUCUCUGUGCCAUCACCUUGGUGGGAAACAGGUAUGAUUUCUCCUGAAGGCUAAUGCUAAAAAGAUUGACCUCUUUCUGAAGUGGUUCUUAGAAUGCAUUUUGAGACCGGAAAUUGAGGUGGGAGAAUCAGCCAAAUGUGGCCCGCCAGGCCUGUCAUACUGGCCUUCAUGAUUUUCCUUAGGCUGCACCCCACUUAGGCUGCACCCCUCAUCAGCUGUGCCCUGUGCCCUGUGCCCUUCUCGAGAGCCUUUGGCUGACUACAAUGGGCCAUUGGCUUUUGCUUGCCUGAAUGGAGAGGUAUGUGAUUGUCCCAUCCCUCUUGGAUUUCAAAAGAAGGCGAGUAGAAAACAGGGAUGCCUUCUGAGACUCCCAUUUAUUUUGACUCUGAUUGUGUGCCACAGUGUAUGCCUUCUAUGGAUUCACCAUAACAAUUUUGGGCUUCCAGCAGCAGGGUUGAUUUUCACGCAUUGUGGGGCAUUAUUCAUUAGCCAGUUCAGACAUCUCAGCUCUUCAUGAAUAUGCUUAAGAGUUGUGUAUUCCCUUCUUCUCUUGCAUAUUUUGGAACACAGACUGUUUUCCAGUAACCGUAGUUUGCUUGGAUGGCUGAUUCAGGCAAACUUGUUUGCUUCCAAAGCUGAAGUGGAAACCACGGUUUGAACAAUUCUUGUUUAGAGGAAAUCUAUGACUUUGCAAACAGUGGUAACCAAAAUCCAAGAAGUGCAGGAUUGAACUGUGGUGUGCAAGCAGAAGAGGGGGCACAAGAGCCUUAAGUAUGUUAUCAACACAGCCAAACCAUGGUUUGGUCGUCAUGUCUGAAAUGAGAGAGAUUCCUUAGCUGGGAGCUGCUUUAGUUGGAGUAAGAAUGUAGCUGUUUGCUUUAUGCUAUACUCUCUUUACUUUUCAGUGCCCCUGUGGCCAUUGGCAUAGCUACCAUGUCCACUGCAGAGAUGGUGGCAGCUGGAAUGAAAGGAAAAGGCUUCACAGUGCUGCAUACAUAUAUGGAUCACUUAUGGUAGGUGUAUCACCAAAACUAUUUGACCGUUUACACAAUAGCGCAUGGUUAGCUUUUGCCCCCAUGCUAAUCCAAGACUCAGGUUAGAGAAGGGUGAGCCCUGAGCAAAGUAUAAGAAGGAUGCAAGUAGAAACUAAGCAUAGGUGCAUGGUUUUGACAAGCACUUAAGAAAAACUGUUCAGUUCCACAGCACCAAAUCAGAAAACUCUGAACCUUUUCUGUUGUGGCGACACUGAGAACUCUUCUAUAGUGCAUCCUGAAAAACACUUUUAAUGAAUGAAUAUAACUUUAGGCCACACACUACUUGAAAGUCAGCUUAAGGACUUGAGAGAGAUUGUAUUAUUAAGGUCCUGCUGGAGUUACGGCAGUCAGCCGACCCCUUGCAUAGCAUUAAAUAAAUGUGAUGGUGUGGUCAGUUUUUCCAGAUUGUUUUGCUCAUAAUCUUUACAGUAAAGAAAAUGGUUCUCCACAACUUCAUAGCUUAACUGGCCCAGUCUAGACUUUUUGCUUUGAGUUUCUGUUUUGCUGAAAUUGAAAUUUGGGGCAAGUCUUAUUGUGCCAUUUGCUUUUGUUGUUUCUUUUUAAAUUGAAAAAGGGAGUUUGGUGACAAGUCAUGCCCACCAACAAUAGUCCCCUUAGAAGCAGAGUCUUCAGAGAUGAUGGAUGCUGAAGAGGAGAAGCAAGAGGCUGGAGAAGGGGAAGGCAAAUCACAGGAAAACAGCCACCCUAUUGACCCAUGCCUGCAGACAGGGAUUAGAAAUCUAAACAUGGAAGAUGCUAUUCAGAGUGUGGACAUGACAGAAAAAGAGGAACCUAAUGAAAAUGGUGCUGCUGAAACUACUGAAGAGGACAACCUAGAUGUUCCUCAGGAGGUAGAAGACAGUAGGAGUCCACAAGGUAAAAUUAUAGGGUUAUAUACAAGGAUUUGCAUUCUAGAUGAGGUCUAGUAACAACCUUUUGAUCAGAACUGCUCAUUUAUGCAAACUUAAACAUAUAUACUCUGUGCAUUUUCAAUGUGCCGUAUAAUGCAGGAAUGGGGAACCAGUAACCCUUCAGAAAUCUUUGGAAUUCAACUCAUAUUAGCCUCAGCUAGGAUGGCCAGGGUCAGGGAUGAUGGGAGAUGGUCCUUCAGCAAUAUCUGAAGGACCACAUGCCCUCUAUCCUGAUUUUAGGUGAAUGAUGGACUACAGUUCCCACUGUCCAUGACCAUUGUCCAUGUUGGCUGGGGCUGAUGGGAAUUAAAGUCCAACAGUGUCUGGGAGGGCUGUAGGCUGCACAUCCCUGAUGUAAUGUGUGAGAUUAAUGCAAGUCUUUUGGGGUGGAUGGAAGGUGUGUAGAUUAUAGGACACAUGUAACCAUGAUUCCCUGCAGCAUGUGCACUGAUGGUGCAUGUGAUGAGCAACAAAAUCCAAACAAAUGUAUCCCCUUCACACUCCAUGUCUUGUAUAGGGCAUUAUACCUUGUUACUAACUUUGUAAUGUGAAAGAAGCUUUCAUUAAGCUCUGUGCUCACUGCUAGUAUGUCAGCUUUCUUCUGUUGAAACUGAAUGUUGGUAGAGACAAUGCUGAACUUAACAUUCUUCCUUUCAUUUAUUGCCUCAUGUGGCUAUAUUUUCGUGACAGACAAAGAAGAGGGAUAAGCCACCAAAAGGCUUGUAUGUGGAAGUUCAUAGCUUGUGACCACGCUGCAUGGCACUGAAAUUGUUUCCCUGUUCAACACUGAAACAACACGUAGGCACAGGCAGGAGCUGAGAGGUUCACAAGGUGGCAGGGACACAUUGUGAACUAGGCCAUGUUGCGUUCUGUGCAGAGGCUCGUAGGCAGGGAGGGCUAUUUUUUAAGCUAGAGCUCACCAAAACUCGGUUCCAGCACCUCUCAGGUGGGCACCAUUGCCUUUAUAAGAGAACAAGGGAUGCGUUCAUGGUGAGUUCUGGCACCUCUUUUUCUAGAAAAAUAGCACUGCUUGUAGAGAACAAACGGUUCUGUCUUUUCUUCUAGAGCAAAUGGAUGCAUUGCUUCACCAAUGCUUCUUCCACGCCUUAAAAUGUAAAGUGAAGAAGUCAGAGCUCCCUCUACUGACCAGCACCUUUCUCCGCAACUACAUGUUCGCAUGUUGGUACGUGUAGUAAGAUCUUCUACAAGCUGGCAGAGCUGCCGUGUUGCUGGCUGAGAAAUGUGGAAAUGGAGCAUAAUGUGCUUGUAGAACACUGUUCACCAGAGUCAGGAGUAGAAGCCUUGCAUGUACGCAGGACUCUGUGCCUCAGCCAUUGUCACUGUAUGAACUCGUAGGCGAACUCUGCAUGGGUCAGAGUCUGCUUUAAGGCAUACAGUGGUACCUUGGGUUACAUACGCUUCAGGUUACAGACUCCGCUAACCCAGAAAUAGUACCUCGGGUUAAGAACUUUGCUUCAGGAUGAGAACAGAAAUCGUGCUUCGGCAACGCAGCAGCAGCAGGAGGCCCCAUUAGCUAAAGUGGUGCUUCAGGUUAAGAACAGUUUCAGGUUAAGAACAGACCUCCAGAGCGAAUUAAGUACUUAACCCGAGGUACCAUUGUACUCAAGAUAUAACACAGGUUAAACUUUUGUUCAUGUGUUGGCCUGAUUUAACUUUGAUAAGGUAUUCUGUUUUCACCUGUCUCUUGAUGAUUCAUAAGGAAGAGCUAAAGCUAUCUUCCAGUAAAAGCAUAACGAAAAUAAAAUAAAUGCCAUAGUUAAACUAUAGAACUUGUUCCCAUAAGAAGCAGUGGUAGCCACCUCUUUAAAAGAGGAUUAGACAGAUUCAUGGAAGAUAAGGCUAUCAAAGUCUACAGGCCUUGAUGGCUCAGCUCUGCCUCCACAGUCGGAGGCACUAGUGCUUCUGAAUACCAGUUGCUGGAAACCUUAGGAGGGGAGAGGCCUCUUGUGCUCGGGUUCUGCUUUCAGGUUUCCCACAGGCAUCUGGCUGGCCCCUGUGAGAACAGGAUAUUGGGCAAGAUGGGCCAUCAGCCUGAUUCAGCAGAUUCUUAAGUACUUAUGCUUGAAUUUGUGAUGGAGAAGGAGGCUCCAUUUGCUCUCUUUAUAUGACAUUUAAAUUCUUUCCAAUCUGUGUGCCCAUGUUUUAAGAAUAUUUUAGCGGGAGAAGCCUGGAAACAAAACAUGUUUUUUCUUAAAUGUCACCAAAAAUGAGAGAGGCCUAAUUCCUCUUGUUUCUUGCAUAUAAUUGUGUUUUUUUUCUUUUCAAUCUACCAACAGUCCACAAGGUCAACAACUAGACAUAAAGAAAUCAAGCUACAAAAAAGUGAGUAGUUGUUGUUGUCCUUUUCUGUACCGUGAAAGGUUGAGGAAAGAAAUAAUAAUGAAACAUUGGAUUGAAUGUGGGAUUUUCUGCAUACACCACAGAUCAUCUGCCCCAAAGCUGUGACCCCUUCCUACAAAGGCACUUUGUGCAUGUAGAUCCUUGAUGUGUGAGAAAUCUUCAGAUGAUUUUGCUGGUUAAUAGCACAAUCGUAUACAUGUUUGUUAAGAAGUAAGUGUGCAUAGUAAUUUGAAAACAACUGUAAAAUUCUGGCCUAAUAUUGCAUUGGCGGGGUUUUAAAUAAUUUUUUUAAAAAACACUAUACAGGCAUCAUUAAAACGUAAGUUGUUGUUUUUUUAAUUACAACAUAAUAUAUAUCCAAACAAAACCAAACUUUAAAAAGUACACCAGAAUACUGCUUGUUUCAUUUUUCAUGUGCAUAAUACAGUGAAGGUGAAAAGUAUUUGAUCCCCUGCUAAAUUUGCCCGUUUGCCCUCUGACAAAGAAAUGACCAGUCCAUAUUUUAAUGGUAGGUUUAUUGUAGCUGUGAGAGACAGAAUAACAACAGGAAAAACCCCAAAAACCCAAAGACAAAAGUCAGAGAUUAAUGUGCAUUAUAAUGAAUGAAAUAAGUAUUUGAUCCCUUUGCAAAAGAUGACUUAGUACUUGGUGGCAAAACCCUUGUUGGCAAUUACAGAGGUCAGACGUUUCUGGUAGGUGGCCACCAGGUUUGCACACAUCUCAGGAGGUACCGUAUUUUUCGCUCUAUAACAUGCACCAGACCAUAACACGCAUGUAGUUUUAGAGGAGGAAAACAAGAAAAAAAAUAUUCUAAACAAAAUAGUGGAUAUAUGAUUUUUGUGGUUCAUGCUGUGGCCACAGACAUGUGAUCUGACAGUGAGUUUGGAGUAGCCCAAUGCAAAAAUCCUGAGGAUCCAUGUGGAUCCAUGCUUUGUAACCACGGAGGAGGGAAGGAAGGGGAACCAUGGAUCCUCUGCUCACAACUGCAGCAGAUCCCCCCCGCCACCCGCAGGCAUUCGCUCCAUAACACACACAGACAUUUCCCGUUACUUUCUAGGAGGAAAAAAGUGAGUGUUAUGGUGCCAAAAAUACGGUAUUUUGUCCCACUCCUCUUUGCAGAUCCUCUCCAAGUCAGUAAGAUUUCGAGGCUGAUGUGUAGCUACUCGAAGCUUCAGCUGCCUCCACAGAUUGUCGAUGGGAUUAAGGUCUGGAGACUGGCUAGGCCACUCCAGGACCUUAAUGUGCUUCUUCUUGAGCCACUCUUUUGUUGCCUUGGCCAUGUGUUUUGGGUCAUUGUCAUGCUGGAAUACCCAUCCUCGACCCAUUUUCAAUGCCCUGGCUGAGGGAGGGAGGUGCUCACCCAAGAUUUGAUGAUACAUGGUCCCGUCCAUCGUCCUUUCGAUGCAGUGAAGGUGUCCUGUCCCCUUAGCAGAAAAACACCCCCAAAGCAUAAUAUGUCCCCCACCAUGUUUGAUGGUGGGGAUGGUGUUCUUGGGGUCAUAGGCAGCAUUCCUCCUCCUCCAAACACGGCGAGUUGAUUUGAGCUCGAUUUUGGUGUCAUCUGACCACAACACUUUCACCCAGUUCUCCUCUGGGUCAUUCAGAUGUGCAUUGGCAAACUGCAGACAGGCCUGUACAUGUGCUGUCUUGAGCAAGGGGACCUUGCGGGCUCUUCAAGAUCUCAGUCCUUCAUGGUGUAGUGUGUUACCAACUGUUUUCAUGGUGACUAUGGUCUCAGCUGCCCUGAGAUCAUUGACAAGUUUCCCCCCCGUGUAGUUCUGGGCUGCUUCAUCACCGUUCUCCCGAUCAUUGCAACUCCACAAGAUGAGAUCUUGCAUGGAGCCCCAGACCAAGGGAGGUUGACAAUUAUUUUGUGUUUCUUCCAUUUGCGAAUUAUUGCACCAGCUGUUGUCACCUUCUCACCAAGCUGCUUGGCAAUAGUCUUGUAGCCCAGUCCAGCCUUGUGCAGGUCUACAAUCCUGUCCCUGACAUCCUUGGACAGCUCUUUGGUCUUGGUCAUGGUGGCUAGUUUGGAAUCUGCUGGAUUGAUUGCUUCUGUUGACAGGUGUCUUUUGUACAGGUACUGUAACGAGCUGAGAUUACAGGUAAGACCUCUCCCUUACAGCAGGUGCUUCUAAUCUCAGCUUGUUACAUACAGUGAAGAUACCAGGUAGCCUGACAUCUGGCUAGUUGACAGGGGAUCAAAUACUUAUUUCAUUCAUUAUAAUGCACAUCAAUCUCUGACAUUUGUCUUCUGGGUUUCUGGGGGUUUUCCUGUUGUUAUUCUGUCUCUCACAGCUACAAUAAACCUACCAUUAAAACCAUUGUAUCCCAGUUUUAACUGCCUCUCUCUCUUCUAGUUCUCCAAGUUCCUGCAGUCAAUGCAGCAACAAAAUAUCCUCCAGGUGAAGGAACUGAAUAAGGGAGUAGAGAGCAUUGUGAAUGUGGACUGGAGGCAUGACAGGUAAGAGAAUCUCAGUUCUGUGCAAACAAAGUCAAAUUACUGAGGGAGAAGAUCUAAAUGGAUGGUUUGGGUUCCUGUGAUGAUUCUGGUUAAUGAGCUGAGCUGCAUUUAAGAGCACAAUAGCUAAUUAGAAGAGAUGUUGCUCUUUUUCUUUGGUCUGAAAGGUAUUUUAUCUCUCGCGUGGAAGAUGUGUAAUUGUAGGUAAUAUCCUAGAUAAGCUGCUAUCUCUCAAGUUGAUUUAGAGAAGUCAGAAAUGUAAACAUGCUGCUGUCCACAAAGAGCAGUACAAGAAAGAUCUAUUUAUGAGCAAAGAUGUGCAUGUCCUUACAAGAAUCCAACAUGCUUAAUAAUAAGCUCCACGGAUGAGAGGGGUGUUUGUGUGUAUGUACACACAAGCACAUGCAUGCUGGGAAGCACUAUAGGAAUGAGGAUGGCAUUAAUGCACAGCAGAGGCAAUUAGGGAACAAGGUGUUUGUGUGUUUGUUAAUGGCUUGCAAAGGAAGCAAACAUUGAGGUGUAAAGUUAUGCUUUCUAGCUGGCAAGCCGGAAAUUUGGCAGGUGGACAAGGCUCACUUUUGGCACCAAUAAGUUGAUGUGUGAUGUCAGUAAGCCCCUCUGAAGGCAUGCUGUUAGCAAGACCCACUUUGCAGGUGGUGAAUCAUAACAGUGUAUCAUUUCAUAAUGUGAUAAUAAGUUCGUUGGCAAAAGGCAUUAAGGGCAUUAAUGGAGACUAAAAUAUCAGUGGUUGUUGGGCAUGUAUCCUAAUGCUCCAGGCAUCUCUUUGCUUUAGGCUUCUUCUCAUGUUACUUUUGAUCAGUACAGAUAUUAAGAUCUGCAAUAAUGAAGAGAGGUUGUUUGCUGGAAGCUGUGCACAAAUGGAGUGUUUCAUUACUGGUUUAAUGCAGAAUCUGUAGAUUCCAGUGGUGCUUGCUCCUAUAAGGAGCUAACAGGAGUAAGCCCUUUUGAAUUCAGUAGGACUUACUCCCAGUGUUGCAACCUAAAUAAGCCAGUUCUUAAACUCUGAGUUAAUAGGUAAUUCCGGAGACAUCACAGCAAUAGUUUGCAUUAAUCACCCAGGCUGUGGCUAGAAUCCUGGUUUCUUAACUGUCAAACAUGUUCACUUACAAAGUUAUCCCUUGCUAAAUCCACAUUUUAAAACUGAGCCAAGGUAUUGUUUGCAUCAGCUGUUAGAAACUCACUGCUUUACUGUCAAGUCCAUAGAUACAGAACACUUUUCUAAAACAAAUUGCCUUUUCUUGUCAAACUCCAUUGCUACAGUUUAGUUUCUCCUUAUUCAGAAAAAGUUGUAAUGUUUCUACCAUUGCUCCAGUCUUCCACAGUUCACCAUUUGAGUCAUACUAUUACAUCACUGCUGGAGAAGAAACAAGCCCAACGAUAAUGCCUGCAUGGCAAAGCCCAGGGGUUGCCAAACCUUUUGGGCCCAUAGGCACAUUUGCAAAGUGGAAAGGCGAAGGAUGUGGGUGCCAGGGAAGGCGUCCGUGGGCAUAUAUGUUGGCAACCCCUGGCAUAACUGCUUUGACCACUGCAGGCCUAAUUAGGACUCUUGUGCCUUUUAAGACGUGCACCAUAUCAGGGAAACAAUUAGCAAGCAAUGCUUUCAUUUUCUCUCUACUGCUGCAACCGGGAAGGGCACACCUUUUUGAAACCUAUCCUUGAUGCUCACUUGUUGAAGGCACUAAAGAGUUUUUGGCAAACCCAACCACUUUCCUUCCGUAUCCAGAGUGACACAGUUUAUUACCACUAUAGUCACCAUUGCCUCUGGAAGGGCCCACCCACUUGACCUGUGGCUGCAUUGUCAGCAGACCUAUAGAUACUGAAGUAUUGGGAAUGGGAAAGGUUGCAGAGCAAUGGCAAAGGAAAGGGGAGGAGAAUGGGGAGGUGCUUGAUGGGACUGGUGGGGCUUACAGGCCCGUCCCCUUCCUACCCCACACAGAAGUCCCACUCCAACCCCUCUUAAAAAUUUGGACUGGCUGUGCUUACCUGUCCUCUCUGCCUGCCGCUGCCCAUGCUCGCUUUGCCAGCCUCCCUCCAACUUCCACCAGAAGUGGUGAUGCUCUGGUGGUAAUGAAGAUGCACUGCAGCCCGUCGUCUCCCUUCUCCUUGGGGACCAUGUCUGGGCUCUGCUCCUUGCUGCUGGGCUGCUGGGCUUCGUUCCCUCGGGGGGGUUCCACACUGUCUCCUCCCCCGCCCAUCUAUGAUGUCACAUACAGAUAGCAUUGUGAAGCUCGCAUUUUACAGUAUCUUUUACAAGGUCUCAUUUGUGUGCCUCCUUGGUAGAUUGGACGGCGAGGUUCCUGCUGUUAUCUGCUGGAACAGGCAGGGCUGUGCCUUUCCUCUGUCACAAUGGGCGCUUGUGAUGUCGAGAAGGCUUGGCAGAGUGUGUGGGGGCGGGUGGGCUUUAGUUUAGGUCUACAUAGGAACUUGGCCCAAAGAGACGCCUAAGACUUUGGAUCAUUUCUCCACGCUUUCUCUCCUCCAGGGAUUGGCUUCUUUGGAGGCCAGGUCUAGGGUGCUCUGUUUGGCUUGCUUUAGAAUUAUUCAGAGAACUUUCAGAAGGACUGCCAUUGUCCCUGGCCAGUAUCAGAUUGACCUGGGUACGUGCAAUGCAAUUCCUUGGGGUGGGGAACCUCAGGUCCAGGGGGCCAGAUGCAGCCGCCCAGAUCUGUCUGUUUAACCCUUGGAAUGCUCCCCAAGUCACAUCCUCCACUGGUCAUGAUUCACACUAUUUCUUCUUUCCUGGCUGGAAUGCCUCUUGCUUAUCUGGAUGGAGGAUCGAGAUGGGUGCAGAAGCGUAUGUAGAAACUAGCCUACUCUACAAAGGUACAAUUUCCACCCACUUUUGCCUCAGACCCCACCUACCCCUGGGAAGUUGCCUUUGGAAGGUUUCCCAGAAGAAACUGUGGCCCACAGGCUGAAAAACAGUUUCCAACUGCCUUUCCUUUUGCACAAUGUACCUGGCACUCCUAUGUCCUUGCAUGGCUCCUCUGUGCAUAUUAGAACACAUGCAGAGAUACUCACUCUAAGCUAUCAGUUAUCUUCCUUUGCUGCUAAGAAAGUUGGGGUUGUGCGCUAAUUCUCUUCCCUGGGUCUUGCAUGGCUUUAUGUAUUUAUUACAUUUAUAUAUCACCUUUAUCUUUCAAGGAUCUCAAAGGUUUUCUUCAUCCUUCACCUGUGAAGUAGCUUAGGCUAAGAGAUGGUGACUGACCCAAGGUCACCCAGUGAGGUUCAUGGCUGAGUGGGGAUUCGAACCCUGCUUUCCCAGUUCCUAGUCCAACACACUAACCAUUAUGCCACACUGGCUCUCGUGCUGGAAGCCCUGCAGCAUAGAGUAGGAUGGGAGGCCAGGCCAAGACACCAUAUUGUGCCACAGCAUUCCACUAUUGAACACUAGGUUGCUGCUGGAGCAUAUGGCUUCAAGAUGAUGAUCUGUUCUGUGGACCAUCUUGAAGCAGAGGCAGAAAUGUGCUUCCACUUUGUGUAAGCAAACGUGUUGAGGGAUUUUGCACUGUGUUAUUGCAAUGAGAGGAAUGGUCUUGGGUGCCUAUGUCCUAGGAGAUGACAAGGAUGCAACACUAUACUCAUUUGUCUCUCAGUCAUGAACGGGAAUAGCCGUCAUGAUGAAAUGGUAAUAAACUCUGUGAAAUAUUUUGCUUUGAUUUUCAGCAUUAGGUCUUUUGUAGUACCUAUUGAAAUAGCAGCAUCUGAAUUGUCUGUCCAGGAUAGCAGAAGUGGUGAUGGAGAACAGCCGUACCACUGUCCUGAAAUCAUACCACUCUAUGGCAUCUCAUCCAAAAUGGCUCCCUUAUUCCAAGAGUCUGGAUAUAAGUAAGUAAUAUAAGAAAAUGAACCACUUGACUUGUUCCCUACGUUGUUGUUCUUGUUGUUGCUUGCAGAACAUGAUGGGCCAAGAAAGUCCUUAAAUGGGUGUGUGAGUGUGUAGCAGACUUCAGAGUGAAUGGCCUGCCCGGCAGAAAAAUAACUGAAUCUAAAAACACGAAUGUUUCUGGGUGCUGAGUUCAACAGUUUGGUUUGGUUGGACCAUUUCUCCUGUAUGGUGGUAGUGGUGUUCUAAACGAAGGGAACAGCUUCCUUACUGGAGUGUUUCCCCCACUUAAAAUAGCCAAUUUGCAAAAGCUGAUCAUUUGCUGUUCCUUCCGAAGUGCAACCUAGCAAGUAACAAAGAUUCAAUUUUCCUCCAGGAAAGGCGACACCCUGUCCAGCAGUGAAGUGAGAAAUGCUGUUAUCAACUAUGUGAAGUUUAAUGAGUUGGUUGAUGAAACAAACAAAAAGUAUGUAAAACCCCAAAGCUUGUUUAGUAGGGAGAUCGCAACACUACUCUCCUUGCUCUGUACUGAUAGCGAGAGAUAGCUGCAGCCAUGAUUUUGUACAGGAGUUUCCUGUGCUCGUUGUUCACCAUUACAGCGCUAAGUCAAAACAUGUGGGAAAUGCUACUAGAAAGGGCAAGCACUCUUUCCUAUCACAAGUCCCUUUAUGCCAAGUAUGAACACUCAGGUCAGAUGGACCAUGCACCCUGUCCUGGUCCCUCUCUUAUUUACCUCUGCAGUAUAGAUGGGCCCAAGUGCAGUGUUGAUUGUGCUCAAAUGUAUAUCCAACCUCAACAAGAGUUUGUGUGCAAACACACACACACACACACACACACACACACACUUGUGCAGGUGUAUCCCAUAUAUUGUGCCUAAUAGAAUUUUAAACUAGUGGUCAUUUUCCUGAUUUAUUUUGUUAUUUAUUUCAUAGAAUGUAUGCACCACUUGAUUAAAACUCACCCACCCCACCCCAUUCAGGAAAAUUGUACAGUAGUUUAACAAGAAGUUUAAAUACUAAAACCAGUUAGGAUUCCCAUCAACUUUCUAAGCAUCUAGGUAGGCUUGCCUAAACAAGAAUGUUUCUUAGCAGGUGCUGAAAAGAACGCAGUGAAGGCACCUGCUUGAUAUCAAUAGGCAGGGAGUUCCAAAGUGUAGGUGGUGCCACUAAAUGAUCAAGUUCUUACAUGGAGUGGGUAUUAUGUGGCAUCUGUAGAGUGCCAAUUCCGCCGAUCGAAGCAGUCGAGAGGGCACAUGUAGGGUAAGGUAACCUCGUGGAUAAUUUAGGAGUGCCACAAGAUUAAAGACAUCUUAGUUGAUUAAUCAUAUCACUUUUUUUAGUGAUAUGAUUCUGUAGGUUGAUCUGUUAGCUUAAUCAUUAAAAGUUUUGAUUAGCUAAACAGGUGACCUUUGAUUAACUUGGCAAAGAAUUUUUAAACAUUAAAUUAUCUUUAAGAGAGGUACAUGCAAAAACAGCACUUGACAAGCAACAUACUCAGACAUAAUCUACAAGCAAAGAGGACAUGUUGUUUUAUGUAACCCCUUCUCAUGUUUUCGGCAGUCAAGUAAGGUUUUUAGCACCCAACUUACCACAUAAUAGUGCAAGUGCAGUGUGACUUUUGGAAAUCCUUUUGUACUUUUUAACAACAAAGUGCUAAAGAGACAAACGUGAUCUUUAUAAUCUGUAGAGUGCUACACAUUCUUGAUGUUGGUGCAUUUCCAGUUCAGGUGAUGAGUGAUCACGCUGAGAACAGACCUUUAAAUCUGCCUUCCUUUGUUACAGCUUUAUAAAGGUGGAUCCUAUCUUGUGCGAUUGUCUGUUGGACAAAUCUGAGCAGGAUGAAAUUUCAAAGCUCACAUGGGACAAUCUCCUGAGCAGGUGAGGGGGGAGUGAUUCCUACUGCUGCUUAAUAUACUUGCCUCAGUAUUUCCUAUAAUGCAGGCCACUAUGUAUUAUGGUAUCUUUAAUGUUUGCAAAAGGAGGUUAAGCCCAAACCAUUCAAAGGUUAAAAUUGUCACUAAGGUCUAGUGCUGUGUUGCUUUGUGUUAUGUAAGCGGACUGGAAUUUUAUGACACAGUAGCCUGAUUUGCACAUCAUGGUAAGCCAUAGCUUAUGGAUUACUGCAUGCUGUUCAGUGACCCCUUGCCUUUCUCCACUCACUCUUCAGCCAAGAGAGAAGCAUACUGCAGCUUGGCUUAGUGCUUGGGUGAGGAACAUCAGGCAUGGGGGCCAAAUGUAGCCCUGAGGACUCCAGAGCACACCCUCUCUCCUUCAGCCACAACCUUCACUGUUGCUCCAUCGCACUCCCAAGUGUUUUUGCUUGGCUAGAACAUGUCCUUGAAUGCUGAUAGUGCCUUUGGCUUGCAUGGAUGCCGAGGGUAUGCAAGUGUCUGUAUAAACCAUGCAAAAGUGAAAUGUGCACUUAUUUCUCUGACUCUGCCCACAAUUGGCCCAUGGCCCAGAAGGGAGUGGGCCCCUCAGGUUCCCCCCACACCUUCUGCUUAGUGUUCCACUUGCAGUUUCUCUCCUCAACCAAAUGACGAGCCACAGACCAAGAACCAACCUUGGCCUCCUGGGGACAGAAGCUAACCCUGAGUCCUGGUUCACUGGUAAUGCUAAGCCUCGCCUCACCUCACCUCACAGUUUGCUUUUCCUGGCUCCAGGUGGGUCAGAAUAAAGUGGGAGCAAGUGAGCAGCUGCUUGCUCUGGUAAGCCAUGGUUUAUAAUUUGCUUCCCAUGAUGGGCAGGCAUGGCCACCGUAAAAGUCAACACAACAAGCUUGGCUUCUUGGGGACCUUCUAAAACUCCCCAUUCUCUUCUGUUACUUUGAGGAUCAUAAUAUUUUCUUUUUAAAAAGUCUUUGGAAUUAGGAGAGGUACAAAGAUAAUAACGUAACUAUGUCAGUUUGGCAGUGUCAUCUGUUAAAAAUCACAAAAACCUUUUAAGACAUAAUACUGAUAGUACUUUAAGUAGAGAUUUUCCCAGAAUAAUCCUGUUAUGGAAUAGCAUCAUGUAUCACAUAGAUGAAGGCUGCUAGAUGAAGUAUAAUUAAUUCCUGUCGGUCUCUCUAUGGUUGUCUAGUAUACAGCCUACACAUGGGGUGCAAAUCAGCCUCUCAUCAUUAUUAACUUUCAGAGGGAAUUUUAAAAUCAACCUUUCACCCAGGCAUUUGGUGGCUGAAGAAUACUGCUCCUGGCAGUUGUCUAUAACAGUUCUUUCUUACAUUCUUAAGUUAACUGUAACUGUUUUUAGAAUGCUUUAAAAAAAUGAUGGCUGUGAUUCCCACCCUGGGCUCCAUUGGGAAGAAUAAUUUAAACUCAAUAAAUAAAUAAAACCCUGAGGUGAAUAAAGGCAAGCUAUAUCAGAUUGAGUCUUUGAAUAAAUGUUCUUGGUACUUAAGUAUAGCAGGAAUAGCUAAGCCAGAAAGCUGCCAUCCCUCUGUGCUGUCCUGGAUCGGCUUAAUCUUAGCGCUGCUUUUGUGGCAGGUGUCUGGAUAAACUACAGCCCUUCCAUCAGGUGACUUUUUUUGGACAUGACCCCAUCGUGAGGAAAGGAAACAAUGAUCCCAUUGAUAUAAACAUAGCACAAAGAUCGUGCAAUAAAAAGGUAAGGGCAAGGAGAGAAUUAGUCUUCUGUGGAAACAUCCAAACUGUGCUGCCUUUUUUUUUUUUUUUUUUAAGUCUGCCUUUUGAAAUGUUUUAUAAUACUGCACUAUCUUUUGAAAGUUUGCCCAUUGAAAACACCAUUUCCAGAGCAGUCUCCAGCCCUGUUAUGCAGAGAGAGGAAAAUAAAGAGGUUGAGCCCAUGAUCCUACUUUUGGGGCAUGGAGAGCGGGGAAGGCUGGGUUCGCGUCUCCGCUCCUCCACGUGCAGCUGCUGGGUGACCUUGGGCGAGUCACACUUCUUUGAAGUCUCUCAGCCCCACUCAUCUCACAGAGUGUUUGUUGUGGGGGAGGAAGGGAAAGGAGAAUGUUAGCCACUUUGAGACUCCUUAAAGGGAGUGAAAGGCGGGUUAUCCAAUCCAAACUCUUCUUCUAUAACUACCAGAGCUGCAGUUAUUGCCACAGAAAACAAUUGACAACUGGGCUAGCAUGUGGGCAUUCCUGGGCUUAAGUCAUAGCCCUACCUCCUCUCUGAACCCCUGGGUAUCAGGUAGAAGGUCCAGAUGUACACUGACACCUUACAAUGACACUGUUGCAUGGUUUGUAAUUUAUUUCAAGCACCCGGGGGUGAAGAGGGCAAGGCGGAGAAGGCCAGAUCAGGAGAUAAACUGAAGUUCUCAGUAUAGAGCUUAUCAGAUAUCUGUUGGCCCUAGUUCAGAAGGAUAGUAGGAAGCACCUACUGGCAGCUGAGUCAGAUAUACAUUGCACAGAGACUUCUGAAAGCGUGUCACCAAAGUGCUACUCCGGGAAGACGGAAGGCACAUGUUGCAGACCUAAGGGAGGAACAAUAGCUUGAGUGCAGCACAUGUUUCACAGGCAAAAAGUCUUGAGGUUCAGUCUCUGGCAGCUCCAGGGGAGAGGAUCAGAUAGCAGGUGAUGGGCAAGAUCUCCGAGUGAGGCACUAGAGAGCUGCCCACAGUCAGAGUAGGUGCUACUGACCUGGAUAGAGUAAUAGUCUGAAGCGAUAGAAGGCAACGUAAUAUGAGUGUUGCCCUCUUGGAUGUGUAUCCCUGUUCCAGAAGAGCAGCCAAGCAGGUGCAGUAGAAGAGGCUAAAACAGACUGUGGGGAAGAGCUGCAUGGAAGAGUACCUGGGUCAUGAGCAGCUUUUUGUUCCCUGUGUGUGCAUACUAAUUACUAAUACUAAUUUCAUUUGUACCUCACCCAUCUGACUAGGAUUGCCCCAGCCACUCUGGGUGGCUUCCAGCAAAUAUUAAAGCAUAAUAAAACAUCAGACAUAAAAAGACCUCCCAAUACAGGGCUGCCUUCAGAAGUCUUCUAAAAGUUGUAUACAUUUAUCUCCUUGACAUGUGAUGGGAGGGAGUUCCACGGGAAUAAUAGUUUUAUUAAUUGUGUGUGUGUAGGCCUGAACUAACUGCAGCUCGCAGAUGCAGCAUUAUGGCUUGAAGGUGGCGGCCCAGGGUGUUGAUGGUAUCCGGCAUGCUUGGGUGCAAGAGGUAGACCCUAGGAAUAAACCAACCCAAUACAAAGUUGUCAAUUUUUUCAGGUAGAGAUGAUUAAUUCAGCCCAGUGCUAUCCAUGACUCAGCCAGGGGUUGGGAGUCAGAAGAGGUGCAAUGGGCCCUUGCACGGUUUUAACAUUGGUAUUUCUUUUGCCUUUCUCUGAAGGAAUGCAAAGUAGUUUUCAUUUUUAUUAGUGUUUCAAAAUGUAGUCAGCUGGUGGUGCUGUCUUCAAACCCCAGGGACAGAAGCUAGCAUGCCUGGGCUCUUCUCCCUUCCUCUUUGGGUAAGGAAGUCCUGAAGUAGCCUCAGAGAAGGGUUGGUUGGUUGUGGGGUGGUCUCUGUAGGAGCUUCCUGGCCUGGGCCUUUUGCUUUUGCCCUAAUGGGUGAUGUAUGAAUCUGACCAUGCCACUGGCUAGCAUUUAUCCCCACCCCCCGCUUUCCUAAUUAACAUCCCUUCCUCCUAAGCUGCUAGGGCAAAACAUAUGAGCUAAUCAUUUAAGAUUUGGUCUGUUGCUACACUGUUCCCCCCCACCCCCAAGCAGGACGAACCUUGAUAGUGUUACCCCAAUGCUUCAGUUAGUCUCUUGCAUUUAUGUAUGCCUUUCACUUAAAUCACAUAGAUUGUGCAGUAUGCCUGCUGUCAAACAUGCACUGCUCCUAUUCAUUUCCAAGCAUAGGUAUUAUUAAUAUGCAAAGGCAAAGGCCCUAUGAAAAUAACUUUGCUGAUACCACAUAGCCUGUAAGAAUGUACGAAAGUAAAAUUGCACACUAAUGAUUGAGCAUUGUAUAUUAGUGCAACCAAGUAAUACCAUCUUUCCUUUCGGUUUGCAGGUAACCAUAAUUAAGAAUCUUGAGCUGUAUGGGCUAGACCCACAGGCUGUUGCCAACUUUCUCCAGCUAAAAGUUCAGGCGAGUGCCACUGUCACCACACUUCCGGGAGCAAAGGACAGAGCACAGGUCCAGGUACAAGGCAAUCAGAUCCACCACCUUGCUAAGCUGCUGGUGGGUAAGUAUCUUUAUCAGGGGUAGGGAACCUGCCAGGGCAGCACACUAGUGGUGGGUGGAGUCAGAGGAAGAGCAAUGGACAUACCUUUGCACAUUAGGCUAUAUUCCAGCAAUGCAAAAGCCAGGUGCUAGCACAUGUGCAUGCACACACACGGUCUCCAUUCAGGCUCAGAAGAGGCGUCAUCACAAGGUGACAUACCAGCCAGGCAAAGCACUAAUGGAAGGUGUAGCUUAGGGAAAGGGCUAAGGCCCAGUAUGCAAAGUCUGGCUGCCAGGCCUGAAGUUCUCCACCCCUAAUCCAUGGCAAACUCAUAACAUCAUUUAUUAUGUUUUGAAGGUUUAGUCACUUAUUAGAUUAACAGUGCAAUCCUAGGAAUAUCUUCCCAGGAGCAUUAUCCUAUUGAUUAUGUGUGAACAAAUAGUGCUUUACUUGCAGCCUAAAUUGAUUUUACAAUAUUCUGAUCAGUUUCUAAGAUGUGCUCUUCUGAGGAGGAGGCUGUUGGAAAACAGUUAUACAGAAACUAAAAAGCAAAGUGCUAUUUUCCCUUCAGAGUUAUUUUAUUCAUGUGUAACCUUAUGCAGAUUGAAUUCAGUGGAUAAUUAGGGCUGCCACAUUACCGUAUUUACGCAAAUUUAAUGCACCAUCAAAUCUAAUUUUCGUGACGUAAUUUGUCCAAAAAUGGUGUGCAUUACAUUUGAGCAAAUACAGUAAGUACAAUGUCUUCCUAUGUAUAUUUAUUCAUAAUUUAAAAUGCACAGGAGUACAUUUUUUAGUAAGGCGAGUGCCCUAAGUAUACAAUGCUUUAGAAUUUUCAGAGCACAUUACUCUUUUAGUAAGCUGCAGGUCCUAUUGUGUUAAGCUUUUGAGCUGUCAAAUACAGAUUGAUUACAUGUUGACUUUGUUCCAGAGGACUACCAGAUACCUCGCAAAUACAUCAAGGGUCUUGAGAUGGCACCAAAGAUGGGCCGGAAGAAGUAGCCAGGUCUGAAGAUCAAAGUCAGAACUUUGUUAUUUAUAAAUAUUUUAUUCAACAGAAAUGACUAAUCCAGCUGCCUUACCUAUAAAAUAAUGGAAUUUAUAAAUAAAACUUUUCCCAAUAAC